UGGUGCUUGUCGAUAAAAAUUUAUUCUCUAAAAUAAUUGCUGGUUUUAUACGGUUAAAUUAAAAAUAAAAUUGAAAUAUAAUUAGUGUUAAGAGUUGUGAAUUGAUAUAUUAUUAAUUCUUUAAGUUUUGGUGCUUAAAAUAUAAAUGAUUUGGCUAAAUUUUUGCGUCGAACAAAGUCUUUUGAAAAGUGUAUAUGUUUAAUGUAAUCAUUCAGAGUAGAAAAAAGUGCUGAGAUUGUAAUUUUGGGGGUUCUGUAACAAAAUUUUAUAAUUAGUAUAUUUUAAAUAUAAUAAAAAUAGCUAUUAAUUUAAUGAAAAAAGUAAAAUUAAAGACUAAAUUAAAAUUUUUGAAGAAAGGGCACUCUAACCUUAAAACCAUAAUUCAUAAAGAGAAAUUGACAAGGCGCCGAUUCACGAUACAAACCUUCAGAUGUGAAAAGAGAAUUAGUUAAGGAGAAAAGAACGAAGGACUUAUAUUAAAGAUUCCUUGGGUGCAUAAGCUGAAUCGAAAGCGAAAAUAUGAUUCAAGGGGACAGCCUCGUAGGAAACUCAAAUGCUUCCAUAAAUAAUCAAAAUAUGGAUUUAUUUGAUAGAGAAAAUGAGCCGUCAACAUCGACUGGCAAUCUAUACGAUGAUUGUCUUAGUCCUGGAGUCGAGAUAGAUCCAGAUUCUGCUUUGCUAUAUGCUAUAAACAGUUCGGAUUUGCUAGGAGCUGGGAAUUUUGAUAUUGAUCAUAUUGUGAACUCCCCAGACGUAUUUAAGAAAGAAGAGAGUUUAGUUGAAGAACAUAAUAAGGAUGUAUUUCCUGACUUAAUGGAACAUGACACCGGUAAUUUGAAGUUUAAUAUACUCGUGAAUGAACCAGAAAAUUUAAAAAAAAAUCAUUGGUAUUAUUCAAAAGAGUUACAAAAAAUUUUCAUAAAUUUAAAUAAAACAUUUCAUAUCGAUAUUGAACAUAAAUCGGUUGAUUUUGAAUUAUUUUUGCGUGUUAUGAUGGUAUUUAUUGAUGAAAUAAGUUCACCAGUGACACGUUGUCAGAAUCAUAUUUUUGCAGAAAAUGGAAUUAUUUCUGACAGCAAAAAAUUCAGUAUUAUAAGAACAGAAAAUCCUCGUGCUGAGUACUGUGGAAAUGAAAAUGGUAAAAAUAUUAAAGAUCGCCUUUCUGUUUUGAUACCAUUGAGUAGUGUCGUCCCAAAUGAUAAAAAUAUGGCAAAACAGUCAAUAGCUUUAAAAUUUGUAUGCCAGAAUUCGUGCGUUGGUAGAAAACAGACAGCUGUUUUAUUUUAUUUGGAAAAUGUGAGGGGUUUAAUUUUAUCCAAAAAGGUUGUAAAUAUUAAAGUUUGUAGUUGCCCAAAACGAGAUAAAUCCGCUGAGGAACAAAAGAACGUAAACGCAAAACGCACUGCAGAACGAGCACAACUCUUGGAAAUGGGACCUCGACCGGGAAAAAUUUUCAAAAUUAAAACUGAAUCAAGUAUACUAUCUCCACCGCUAUCAUCAUCAUCUCCAUCUAAUUCAGAUGAUAAUAAUUCUCCAUAUAAUCCCGUGAAAAUGGAAUACCCAAUGCAACAUCCUUUUGGUUUAGGUGUAACAUUGAAAGCUGUCCCCAACGGUGGCGUAACCUUAACAUUACCUUUGCCUAAUGAUAGAAUGGCUCUUGAAAUUGUCAAACAUGCAUAUAAUUGCAUCGCCGGUGAAAUUUCACGAAAUCCUUUAAAUUCUGAGUGGAAUGUAUACUUGGACGAGUUAAGGAAAUUACAAGAAAAAUAAAUACAAAUUGGAUAUUUUCUGUUUACCACCAUAUAAUUUAGGAAAGUUGAAACUUUUUUUUUUGUUUUGGAUUAGAGAAUUAUCUUGCUACAUUUAUUUUAAGAAUUUUCUUUUGACUAUAAUUUUAAGUUAAAGAAACUUCAAUUUAUAUUUCAUAAGUUUAAAGCAAUAUGUUUAUAUAAUAUAUUCUGCCAUUUCAUAUAAUAUGAAGUAUUCAUAAUUUAGGUUGAAAUUUAGUUAUUAAAGUAUAUAAUUACUUUGCAAUAUUGUUGAAGCCAGUUUUAAUAGGAAAUUUGUCUUUUAUUAUUGAAUUAUGUUAUAUCUAUGUAUAUAUAUGUACAUACAUAUAAAUUACAUAUUACAUUUAUUUUGCGUAUUUUUUUUUAAAUAUUUAAUUUUGUGCUAUUUCUUUAUCGAAAAAAAAUGUUUGUUUUGUUGGAAACCAAUAAAUGAUCGAUUCUUAAUUCUACACAUGAGAUAUAAAUUUAUAAUAUAAAUCCUGUUAAAAACAUGAUACAAAUUUAAGAAUAUGUGAAACAUUUUCAUUUGAAAAUUUUUUUUUCUUUUUUUUAAAAAAAAAUUUAUCGAUUCUAUUUAAUUAAAAAAAUUGAUGUAAUUAAAGUUUGUCUUCCAGUCUUCCUGUGUUCUGUAUUAUUGAAACUUUGUUUUAACGGCGUUUUCCUGUUAUUUCAGAUAAAGAACGGUAAACAAAAUAUAUUAAUAAUAUUUUGUAUUAUCCGCAUGUAGUUUUCAUGUUGUUUAUGACCAAAAACAUUAGCACAAAUUUUUAUGUACUUUUUAACAAUAAUAAAAGGGUUAAAUGAAAUUAACUGAAAAUUUUUAAUUUUGUCACCUUUUUUCUUAUAAGGAAAACAAAUUUAAUUAUAUUUAAAAAAAAAUUUAACCUCACUAAAUUCAUCAAAGAACAAAAUAUUUGUAUAAGCACAUAUUAUUUGAAAAACAACUGGAUUUUUGUAAAAUUUGAUAUUUCUUUUUGGUAUUUAGUAAUACUCGUAUUUUUGGUAUUUCAUUUUAUUAAUUUUGUAUAUUGUAUACAUAUGUAUAUGUGUCAUAUACAUAUGUAUAAUUGCGUAAAAAAAUGUUAAACAUUAAAAAAAGCAAAAACUUAAUUAAAGUUUUCAUGUUAAAAAUUUUUACA